AUAUAUAUACCUGUGCAGGAUGUGUACCUGCACCAUUCGCUUUAUUUGGACAGAAAUGGCCUCAACUGAUGGAAACGCUCAGACUUAUAAGAUGUCAUCUUUAGAUCCUGAAAUCAACCAACACUUUCAGGAUGCAAUAGAUGUUAUUCAGCAGCAUUCACACAAUGGAUACAACGAUACAGAUUACAAAUAUUUUGAGACGCUGGGCGGCCCGCCAUCUUCUCUCCAGUUUCAGAUGUCUUGCUGCUUCGUCACACACCAGUCGGACAUCCCAACUGCAGGGUACGACUGGAGUGAAUCUGCUCAGCAACCCUGGCCUCAGGGCAUCCCUGAUGUCUCGUUGAGCCACUCAGUUCAGAAUGAUCCUCCACAUUUCUACUCCAUCUUACCCCCUCAGAGGAACAAUAAAGGACGUAAGAAGUUGAGGCUGUAUGAGUACCUCCAUGAAGCCCUGAAUGACCCAACCAUGGGCGACUCCAUACAGUGGACAGACAGCGGCAGCGGUACCUUCCACUUCAUCUCCAAGAACAAGGAAAAGCUGGCUGAGUGCUGGGGCCAGCGCAAGGGAAACCGCAAGACGAUGACGUACCAGAAGAUGGCAAGAGCCCUGAGGAACUACAGCCGCACUGGCGAGAUCGUCAAAGUGCGCCGCAAGCUAACCUACCAGUUCAACCCGGACAUCCUGCACAGGCUCGGCUCUGCGCAGGUACCCAUGCAACUGCAGCGCCAACCCACGCAGGAUGAAGUCCACAGUCGGCAGGAAAGCCUCCCCGAGCAGAGCUACUCUGGGUCUGCAGCCACGGACUGGCACGGCUGGUACGGACACUACCAGCUUCAGGAAGACUACGACCUGGCCUCCAGCUUCACCUCACACAGCUCUGCCAAACUGUGAAAUAAAAGGCAGGACAUCCUGUUGCUUUCAUGUAUAAAAGGAUUCAUAAAGACUCUUGUCUGCAUGCUGCAACUUAAUAUACUGUUAAUGAUGAGCUAAAAUGACCUCUAAAAAAAAUGUGGUCCAAUCCUUUUAGCAGUUUGUGUAAAUAAUCUGUAAAUAUGGUCAGAAAAUAUGUUUAGAUUCAAAGAAAAUCUGUCUUUGCUCAAUGGUUAAUGUUCUCUAGUUGAUGUGUGUAUAUAUUUUUGUAAUUUGUGAGUUUUCUCUGUUGGUAUCAGUCCAAUGUUUUAACUACAGAAGCAAUUUUAGGUUUAUAUGAAGAUAUUUAACGUUUACAUAAGGUUUUUAUUUCUCUGAAAACUAUUUUGAUAAAUCAAAAACAUAUUAAACUUAAUAUUAUAGGAAGUUUUGUUGAUCUUUUGUUCAUGUUACACUGAUUUUAAAGUGGAACACAUUGUUUUUGUAUGUUAUUAAACACUAAAGCAUUCAUUGUAUUGUAAAUUAGUUGACCUUUUUGAAUGUCCGAUGGCAUUUAGCAAAAUCACUUCAUAGAUUAUCAGAUAAUCUGCAGCAGAUCAAAUCUGCUGCAGGGCAUGAAAAUUUUAUUUCUAUUAAAAAUAAACUAAGCUGUACACAUUUAUUUCAUAUGUAAUGUUUUAAAAGUUUGCAGUUUUUAAACUUUUUUAAAAUUUUGAUAAAACGUUUUUUAAAAUAUUACUAAAUUAACCUUAGAUAUAUAAACAUGGAGCAAAAUGUAUAAGAAAAACAUGUAAAGCCCAACUUUAAAAGCCAUUUAUGUGAAAUAUGACAGUUUUUAUUUUUAUUUUUUUGCAUUGUGUAAGACAUC